CUGUGUGUUUUGUUUUAACCUGCUCUGCGGAUAGGUUGUCACAUCAUUCUAGGGGUGACACUUCUCAGUUUUCUUUCAAACUAGAUAUUCUAGAGAGCACUGGCUGUAAUCACAUUGAGAGACUGAUGCUCCAUGACAGCUAAAAGUUGGAUUGAGUUUCAGGAGCUACUAUAUAUAAAGCUGGGGCGACUUAUGUCACCGCACUAAUUAAAUGCCAUCUGGGUGGUUCCUCUGGGUUUUUGAGCCCAUCACCCAGUUCAGACCGAGUCAGAGGCCAAGGAGGAGAACAUGAUGAUGGACCUUUUUGAAACUGGCUCCUAUUUCUUCUACUUGGACGGGGAAAAUGUUACUCUGCAGCCGUUAGAAGUGGCAGAGGGCUCUCCUCUGUAUCCAGGGAGUGAUGGUACCCUAUCCCCCUGCCAGGACCAAAUGCCCCCGGAAGCUGGAAGUGACAGCAGCGGAGAGGAACACGUCCUGGCGCCCCCAGGCCUGCAGCCUCCCCACUGCCCUGGCCAAUGUCUGAUCUGGGCUUGCAAGACCUGCAAGAGAAAAUCUGCCCCCACCGACCGGCGGAAAGCCGCCACCCUGCGCGAGAGGAGGCGGCUAAAGAAAAUCAACGAGGCCUUCGAGGCCCUGAAGCGGCGGACUGUGGCCAACCCCAACCAGCGGCUGCCCAAGGUGGAGAUUCUGCGGAGCGCCAUCAACUACAUAGAAAGGUUGCAGGACCUGCUGCACCGGCUGGAUCAGCAGGACAAAAUGCAGGAGCUAGGGGUGGACCCCUUCAGCUACAGACCCAAGCAAGAGAAUCUUGAGGGUGCGGAUUUCCUGCGCACCUGCAGCUCCCAGUGGCCAAGUGUUUCGGAUCAUUCCAGGGGGCUCGUGAUAACUGCCAAGGAAGGAGGGUCAAGCAUCGAUUCGUCGGCCUCGAGUAGCCUUCGAUGCCUUUCUUCCAUCGUGGACAGCAUAUCUUCGGAGGAACACAAACUCCCCUGCGUGGAGGAGGUGGUGGAGAAGUAACUCCGAGCCGGUGCUUGGGAAGUUCUCCGCGCUGCAGGAAGAUCCCACCCUGCCUCCUUCGCCUAAUCCUUUAGAUUAGGUCACAUUACAGUAAUAUGUAGGAACCCAGACCCAGGAGUUUGGGAAAGGGAAGGAGACAUUCACAAAGAAACUCUUCGGAAACUGUUGUGCACGCUCAGAUGAAAAAGCCUUUCGGCUUUGGGCUUUUAUUUUGGGAACCGCGAGUGGCUUAAAUCUAGCAGCCUUACUCUGUUUUUGUUUGGUUGGUUUUAUAAUAUAUUUACUUUUAUUAUGGUGAUCCUUUCGUGCCAUGGUCAAAAGUUCAUUCCUGUCUGAAGCAAAGUGGGAACGUCGCAUCCAAGUGUUAGUGGUAUUGAAUGUAUUUUUGUAAAUAAUCUUAGUACUUUCAUUUUUUUAUGUAAACCUAAGAAAUAUAUUUUAAAUGUGGAGUGACGUAUUGUAUAUAAAAAGUGCGAGGAUCCUAGUAUUGUAAUAUUAAAAAAAUAAGUUUCUAUAUGAA